CUUCGCUUCUGCUUGCUUUUGCUCAUUAGCUAGUUUAGCUAAACUGUCCAAUUUCUUCCUGGACUGUUUCUCCUUUCCUUUUUCUGACCAUUUCGAACCUGCUCCGGACUGGGACCUGGAAAAUACCAAGAUUCUGCACCUUGUGGCCUGCAGCAGCUGCCCCAGCGCCGGAGGGACUGAGAACAGAGCGACCACCCCCAAGAGAGACUUUCUGAAUUUGCCAUCUUUUUCAGAGCGGUGUCAUCCGUCUUCUGUUCGCAGGACAGCUGACUGGUCAUGUGGAGAUGGCGGCUUUGGAUCCACUGGGCCGCCUCAAGUUCACUGGGCUGCUGUCCUGACCAAAAAAAGUCCUGAGAUGCUGUGAACCGUGUCCAUCCCUGGUGCGAUACCUCCAGAGAUCCAUCUCCGCAGGCUUCUUGACAGCGGUGCUGACGUCACAGUUCUCUCCUUUGUCGCCUGGCCCCCAGAUUGGCUCUUGGAUCGGGUGGAGACGCCUGUCUCGGGAUUGGGAGAAACGCUGCAAUGUUACGUGAGCCAGUGGCCCGUGCUGGUCACAAACACAGAGGGACAAACAGCCUUGAUUUGGCCUCAUGUUACUUCAAUUCCUGCUAACCUCUACGGAAGGGAUGUUCUGUCCAUGUGGAGGGUGCACAUCGGUGUGGGAACUCAGCACAUCGCUCCCGAUGUCCAGAGAUGCCAAGAGAACCCUUGGGGGGUCUCGGAAAUCCUGGAAUGUUGCCAAGAGUGCUUGGUGGCUUGAUUUUGAUCCAUCCACAGAAGUGACAGCAGUUUGAGGACAUGAGAAUCACUUUCGAGUGAAGGGUGUAAAAGGGACACAUUUAUAGAGUGAAAUAUAAACUUUAAGGUUUUUGGUACAGGGGGGUUAUGGAGACAAGAUGGAGGGAUCAGGGCGUGUCUCGUCCUUCUUCUUUCUUCUUCUUGUCUUCCAUCUCCUGUGGUGAUGUUGGCACUUGGGGAUUGGUUUAUGGUGAAGGUGCACUUGCCAACAUGGGUGAAAAGUAUUGGAAAAUAAAAGUAAAUAUCAUGUACGUAGAUUUUAGUAUAAAAAGACACGACCGCCCUGUGAAUGGUCACGAGUGCCCUUGGCUGCCUUGCAGAUCAGACCUCUGUUGGGCAGACAGAAAAUUUUGUAGAUAAGAAACAAUAAACAAUCUGAAGACCGAAAAGCUGAAGAGUCCAGAUUCAUCCUUUGAAGCGCGGGCCACCCAAGAACCACCCUACCCGUGUCCGGGCAGAGACAGACAGCCGGACCCGACAUUUGGCGUCCCUGGGUGGGCACCCGGUGGGUGAUCCGGGGGGCUACCCGGCGGCGACCGGCGACCCAGCAGCAUCCGGCGGGCACUUGCUGAGCCACGGUGAGCUCUGGUGUGCACCUCUUGCACAGGGGCAGGCUAGAAGUGCCGAGUGGGCAGCUCCAGAGCUGGACUCAUUCCCAGGAGAGCACUGAUAACUCCUCGGGAAAGCAGCCAGAAAGCAGCCAGGAGAGUCUGAAGACGCAGCAGCCACUGAGAACAUCGCACUCCACUUCGGCCAAAGAAAGUUCGUAGCAGGACAGCCCGGAUCCGAAUCAGAAAGGCGCCUCUGAAUCCAUCUCCUGUGAUCUGCGGGCAGUGACCAGGAGCCUUCGGACUGCUCUGACGACAAAUUCGCUCAGUCAACAGCCAUGCAAACUCGGUCUCAAACACGAUUGCAAGCGUUGCAGUCUGACAAGCAGGAACCGAUCGAGUUCGUGUCGUCAUCACGGUCGUCCAGGCAGAUGACAGCGCCACCUCGUGGAGGGAUGACCACACUGCAGGACAUGUCAGACCUGCUCGACAGCGCCACCACAUCACCUGCUGGCCAAACUGCAACAAUGCAACAAUUUUUUCCAACGAUAUAUAAAAAGAAAACCACAUUAAAGAAAACAAAAACAACAACAACAACACAACAAAAGGAUAAUUUUCCAUCAACUUCAGGAUCAUAUGAAGUUGAAGACAGCUCAGAUGAAGCACAGCCUCAAGGAGAAGAAAUGAUACACAUUACAGCAAGAGAGGGAAUUCCAGCAUGGAUGCUUUCAGCAGCGGAAGCAGCAAGAAAUCUUCUGCAGUCUUUUGAUGCAGCAAAAAGAACGCAUUCAAGAGAAUCUCAAGUUUCUUUUUCAGAUUUAGGAGCAAGACCAAAAACCUCAAGUCAAAGAACAUGGAGCGAAGGAUCACCAAGAGCCUCCACGAUUCCAUUGUGCAGGCAAUGACCAAUGGAGUUUCCAGAGGAGGAAGAAGAACGACCAAUAGAACCAAUAGACUGGAAGGAAAUUAGAAAUGAAUUAUCAAAAGAAAAGGGUCUGAUCAGAGGAUCAGGAGACAUAAUAAUGCCAGUGACAUAUGAUGCACAAGGUCAAAAUCCAAGGUGGGAAAGCUUGGGUCAUGAAGUGAUCAAAGACUUAUCAAAGGCCAUUCAGAACAAUGGUCUGAAUUCACAAUUCUUAAAACAGCUCCUGAAGGGGACAUUCAAUACGUAUGAUUUCACGCCAUUUGACAUUCGAUGUCUUGUGUCAAUGAUUCUCACUGACACACAAAGUCUCAUCUGGGACAGAAGAUGGCGAAGAUAUCUCACAGAGUUGAGAGCCAGCUAUCAAGGUGGGCCAAAUGCAAAUCUCACAGAAUCACAGUUGGCAGGAGAUCCUCCAGAUGACAGUCCAGUGGAGCAAGCAGCACGGCUUCCACGACAGGUGUUGAAUGACAUCAAAGAAGCAGCACACAAAGAGAUCUUGCAGAUUGCUCCAGCGGGAGUUCCGGACGUCCCAUUCUCAUGCGUCAGGCAAGGUCCCACAGAACCAUUCUCAUCUUUCAUAGAUCGACUUUCGCAAGCUGUGGAUCGACAGGUGACGAUUGACGAGGCGAAGCGACCUCUCAUGGAAAGUUUAGCUUUCGGCAAUGCCAACCAGGAUUGUCAACGGGUCAUCAGCGCAAUGCCAGGAUGGCCAUCCUUGGCAGAGAUGGUGGAGGCAUGCAGCAGAGUGGGAACACCUCAGUACGUCGCAUCGAUCGUGAGGGACGAGCUGAGAGGAGAAUGGGAAGAACAGAUAAGAAGAAACCCGGAGAGGCAGUCAGAAGAUAAGGACAAGGUAGUUGAAAAGAUGCUGGAAAAGGUACUCCAACAACAGAAUGAAAACAUAAAUAAAGUUCUUGCAACCAUCCAGAAGAAGAACAAUCCAUCGGGAGGACAAUGCUACAAAUGUGGGGCGUUUGGACACUUGAAGAAGAAUUGUCCACAUGCACACCCACAGGUGCAGACACAAAAACCUGCAAAGCCACUCUGUGCGCGGUGCGGAAGAGGAAGACACUCUGUGAAAGAAUGUUAUUCCCAGACAGACGUGGAAGGGAAUCCUUUACCGUAUCUGGGAAACGGGAGAAGGAGCGCGCCCGCAAACUGUCAGUGUGCGUCAACACAAGUGAUGGCGGUGACACAACAGCAAACAGAACAGUCAUCGGGGAAUGUCAAGCAGACGCCCUCAGCAAACUCCUCAGUCGAUUCUCAAGCGACCCAGACCUCCUUCCACCAGGAGCACAGUGCACACUGACAACUUCCAAAUUAAUUUGCUUUCUGGAUGAAAGUCAUGCAGAGGUUCCAACAGGGAUACGCAGAGAUUCAUACAAAAAACAAGAUUUCUUAAUAAUAGAACAAGACAGGAGCAGAAUCCUUGGACUUAUUGUUUAUCCAUCAGUUGUUUCCGCAGAAAAAAAUACGGAAUUGACAGUUCUGGCAAAAGUGCUUCAUCCACCAUUGACCGUGGCGGAAAACACUCAGAUCGCAAGAGCUUUUGCUCUGCCACCACACGCCAUUGAAGAAGUCAUGUCAAUUUUCGAUGAAGAAGGGCUUCCUUUGAAGGAGCAUGUUGAAAUACACACUACAUGGAUAAAGCACAUAGGUCGAGACCGCCCCACGCUCACAUGCCAAUUAACUUGUGGAGACAGAACAAUAGAGGUCAGAGGCAUGCUCGACACAGGGACAGAUGUCACAGUAAUAUCUUACAUCUUUUGGCCUCGCAACUGGAGCUUGAUUGUGCCCUUGGGAUCUCUCUCAGGCAUAGGGGGAGUUUCUCUGUGUCUGCAGAGUGAGAAUGCCAUCAUUGUCAUGGGACCAGGAAACAAGACGGCGAUCAUUCGUCCUUUCGUUGUGCAGAAGCCAAUCACAGUUUGGGGACAAGAUCUCUUGGCACAAUGGGGCACGAAGAUCGAGGUGGAUUUUUAGUCGGGGUCACUGCGGCACUCGCCACAUUGAAGUUGACUUGGAAAACGGAUGAUCCAGUCUGGGUGGAUCAGUGGCCCCUGGAGCGAAAAAGUUGAGUGCAUUGAAAACCCUGGUCCAAGAACAGUUGCAGAAGGGACACAUCAAGCCAACAAACAGCCCUUGGAACUCUCCAGUGUUUGUCAUCAAAAAGAAGCUGUCAGGCAAAUGGAGACUGUUGCACUAUCUCAGGAAGAUCAAUGAAGUUCUCGAAGACAUGGGACCGCUUCAGCUGGGACUUCCUUCAGUCUCAAUGAUUCCCAGAGAUUGGCCGCUUGUGGUCAUUGACCUCAAGGACUGUUUCUUCAGCAUUCCGCUUCAUCCGGAUGAUGCUCCGAGGCUUGCCUUUUCAGUUCCAAGUAUCAACAAGGAAACGCCUCUGCAGCGGUACCAUUGGGUGGUCCUUCCUCAAGGCCUCAAGAACUCGCUGACAAUCUGUCAAUGGUACGUGGCACGAGCUUUGUCACCAGCGCGGAAGAAAUUCCCGAAGGUGAGAAUCAUUCACUAUAUGGAUGAUUUGCUCAUUGCGGCAUCGACACAACAAGAGCUGCAAAAGGCUCAUGACUGUGUGAUUGCAGAAGUGCAAAAGGCAGGUCUGGAAAACAGUGUUUCAAAGAUUCAGGAGGUCGCGCCUUGGAAAUAUGUAGGGUGGAAGAUCUCAGAGAAAACUGUAAGACCUCAAAAAGAUGGAGAUCAGCACAAAAGUCAACAAUCUGCAUGAUUUACAACAACUUCUAGGAGAGAUCAACUGGAUGAGAUCAAUUUUGGGAAUCACGAACAGCGACAUUCCAGUGUUGCUCGAUCUCUUGAGAGGAGACACAGACAUGCGAUCUCCCAGGACACUCACAUGGGAAGUGAAGAAGGAGUUGGAGAAAGUUACAGAUGCUAUUCAGAAGAGACAAGCACAUCGAUUCGUUGAAUCGUUGCCUUUUCAGUUGGCAGUGCUGGGAAAGAAAACGCAAUUCCAUGGUUUGAUCUUCCAAUGGGAUGCGUCUCAGAGAGAUCCUUUGAUAAUCAUAGAGUGGGUUUUCUUACCGUAUAGGCCUUCAAAGACAAUUCUGACAGAUUUGGAGAUGGCAGCACAGAUCAUCAUAAAGGGGAGAACAAGAUUGCUGACAAUGGCGGGACGAGAAUUUUCAAAGAUUUAUCUGCCUUUGAAGAAAGAUUAUUUCGAUUGGGCAAUGCAGAAAUCAAAAGAUUUGUUAAUUGCCUUGUUAGCUUUUCCAGGAGCUUGCACCAUCAAUUUUCCGCAACACAAAAUGUUGCAGUCGCAAAUAUGCUACAGAGCAAAGCCAAAAAUAAGUGAAGAACCUCUGGACGGGAUCACAGUGUUCACUGAUGGCUCAGGGAAGACACACAAGUCAGUGAUCACGUGGAUGAACUCAACGACAGGGGAAUGGGACUCAGACGUGAAGACAGUUCAAGGCUCUCCACAAAUUGUGGAAUUGGCAGCUGUUGUCCGAGCAUUUCAGUUGUUCCAACAACCGCUCAAUUUGGUCACGGACUCUGCAUAUGUUGCAGGUGUGGUCAAAUGAUUGGAAGGUUCGCUCUUGAAAGAAGUCAGCAGAGAAGUUUUAUAUUCAUAUCUGGCAAGCAUGAAAACAGUGCUAGAAAGUAGGAAAGAAGAAUAUUUCAUCACUCACAUCAGAGCGCACACAACACUUCCAGAAUUUCUAGCGGAAGGGAAUGCUCAGGCAGACAGAUUGACAAUGACCAUUUCACAAACACU